GGUUCCAGGGGUCUCUAGGCCCCCCCGUUACCCUCUCCCCUUCUCUACCCCCAGGGGUGACCGAGGCCGCGGCCGCGGCGGCCGCUUCGGCUCCAGGUUCCGGCCCUUCGUGCCCCACAUCCCCUUCGACUUUUAUGUGUGUGAGAUGGCUUUUCCUCGUGUCAAACCUGCAGCUGAUGAGACGGCCUUCAGCGAGGCCCUGCUCAAGAGGAACCAGGACCUGGCUCCCACCGCUGCAGAGCAGGCUUCCAUCCUGUCCCUGGUGACCAAGAUCAACAACGUCAUCGACAACUUAAUCGUGGCACCCGGGACCUUCGAGGUGGUGAGUCCCAAAAAACUGGGAAAGGAGAUCCCUGGGGAGAGGAUGGACUGGUGGGAUUGGGAAAGGAGCUCCAGGAGGAGAGGAUGGAUUGACCUGGCGUCCGAGAUGUCCACGUGGGACGGGGUGAUCGUGACCCCCUCGGAGAAGGCGUACGAGAAACCCCCGGAGAAGAAGGAAGGGGAGGAGGAAGAGGAAAACCAGGAAGAGCCAGCGGCGGGAGAGGAGGAGGAGAGCAUGGAGACCCAGGAGUGA